AUGGGAUCUCGAACGUUUGGAGCGCUGUAUCCUGUACGAGCAGGUCAUGGCAUCAUCUGUGUCCUGUUCCUCGCCAGCGUCUCGAUGUUUGGCUACCUGUAUCUGUACAAUUCCAGCCAUAUGCUACAACCCCGACGUUCCUCUUUCUUACUCAACACGUCACGACAUGGGUUCAUUGCCAAUUUCCAACUUCCAUUUUAUACGAAGCCUUAUUGGACAAGAGACAUAAAGGAGGCCAAUGACUCACUUCCGGUCACACCUCUUUUAACCAUGUUUACCUCCUGGCCUUCAAACGACAAGAAAUACGAGGUGAGGAAUAUCACACUGAAGAACUGGGCAAAUCUCAGACCUCAUAUCAGACCGGUCUUCUUUAGCACCAACGAGAAUGACACAAAAGACAUUAUCCAACAUGGCUGGGAGGUACUUCCGGUCACUAAGAUCGCUGCUUCCGGUGUACCUGUGUUGAAAUAUAUGUAUUUGGAUGUUAUCCGUAAGUUCAAAUCAAAACUCUACGGUUACUCAAAUGGAGAUAUUCUGUUCGACGAUGGGUUGAUCAGAACGUUGAGAACCGUUGUGUCUAGCUAUUUUCCACCAUCGAAUCCAAUACUGAUUAUCGGUCAAAGGACUAAUGUUCUACGUGUUACAGCGGAUGAAGGAACAAAUAUGGACAGUCUUUCUACCAUUGCCCGACAAAGAGGCAAACUAUUUCUAACUGUUGCCGAGGACUAUUUUAUAACUGAUUCAACAUUUCCUUGGGGCAGCAUUCCUGGAAUUGUCAUUGGACGUCCUGCGUAUGAUAACUGGCUUGUGCUGAACUCUCGGCAGCAUAACCACACUGUAGUAGAUGCGACUGCCUCGAUUCUGGCUGUUCAUCAGACCACAAAAGCUGGUAAUUUCGAAGGGAGGACUCGCAAAAAUAGUAAUUAUAACGCGGGUCUUCUCCGCAACCUUUACAAGUCUAUUAAAUAUGCAGCUGGUGCCACGUCGUGUGCCCCAUUGGUAACAAAACGCAAUGAGACUGGUGUAUAUAUAAGUCAGAGAACAACUUUCAAGAAAACCUGCAACCUGUAUUAUAAAUCUUUGGGUUUGAAGACAAAAUUGGUGAAUGUUACACCCCCUAAGAACGAGUGA